UUUGCAGAUCACAAUGUCAAGCUCAAUGUGAUUCUCAUGAUCUCUGACGGCUUUGGACCAGCUUCUGAAACUUUUGCUCGCGGCUUUGUUCAACACUUUGAGGCCGAUACGAUGUCGCAUCUUCCCCUAGAUCCAUUACUAGUAGGAAGCUCUAGAACUCGGAGUAGCAAUUCACUGGUCACCGACUCAGCUGCAGGGGCUACUGCUUUUGCCUGUGGCAUCAAAACGUACAAUGGUGCUAUCUCGGUUGAGCCGGUAACACAAAAACCCUGUGGUACUGUCUUGGAAGCAGCCAAACAUCGCGGGUAUCUAACCGGCCUGGUCACUACUUCAAGAAUUACUCAUGCAACCCCAGCUGCCUGGUAUUCACAUGUAGUAUCACGUGAUAUGGAAAGUCAGAUAGCCCCGUUCUUGAUUGGGCAAGGUCCGCUAGGAUCGACUGUCGACCUGGCAUUCGGUGGUGGUCGAGGAUUCUUCAUGCCCAAGUCAUUUGCAGGGUCAAGUCGUUCAGAUGAGGAGGACCUAUUGGACUUGGCCAAGACAAAACACAAUUUCAACCUUCUCAACGACACUCGAGCUUUUGAAGAGCAAUGGAGAGGAGGAGAUGGUGAAAUUCGGACACCUGUACUUGCUCUCUUCAAUGACAACCACAUGCAUUACGAGAUCGAUCGGGUCUCACUUGACUCCACUGGAUUGCGAGAGCCAUCAUUGAGGAAUAUGUCUUUAGCAGCUCUGCAGACACUUUCUAGGCAAGCUCAUAGCCAAUCGGCCCACGGCUUCUUCAUGAUGAUCGAGGGAGCUCGCAUAGAUAUGGCGGCGCAUUCAAAUGAUCCUAUCGGGCACUUGUAUGAUAUUUUGGCAUAUCAAGAAACAGUCCGAACCGUAAAAACAUGGGUAGACGGCUGGCCAACACUCAUGAUAUCUGUUUCAGAUCAUGAAACCGGUGGCCUUGCUCUGGGCCGUCAAUUAACAUCUGCCUAUCCUGAAUACGCUUGGUAUCCUGAAGUUCUAGUGAAUGUCACUCAUUCCACUGCGUGGUUGGGUGACCUAAUCCGGAAUCAAACACAUCCAGUCUCGAGACAGUUUCUAGUCGAGACUGUAUUGAGAGACAGUCUAGGAAUUCAAGAUGCAUCAGACAAGGAGAUCGAAAACAUCAUUCAAAUGUCUCCCGGUGGCAAUUAUGAUUAUGCCUUGAGUGACAUGGUGUCUCGACGCGCUCAACUUGGCUGGUCUACUCACGGUCAUUCAGCUGUUGACGUAAAUCUUUAUGCUUGGCCACCCGAAUUGACGGAACCACUUCGUGGGAAUGUGGAGAACACAUACAUCGGAAAGUUUAUCACGGAUGCAAUGAAGAUUGAUCUGGGAGUGGUGACAAGGGAUUUGAAUAGGUUUGCUUUUCGCGUUAAUGGUGCAUACUUCAUGAAGCUGAUAAUGUGA